GGGAAAAAAAAUCAGUUAUUUUCGUUGAUAUUGGACUGCCCACCGUCUUGCUGUGAUUUCAGAGAGUUCGUAAUUUAAAAUGGCCCAUUGCUAUACGAAUUGGGAACUCGUCGGUGCCCCAUUCAUUUUCCUCAUUCGGAUCCACUACGAAACAAUCCGGUUCUUCUACUUGUUCUUCUAGGGUUCGUUCUUCUCCUCAAGAAUUCAAUUUUUUUUUUUUAAGGGUUUCCCCAAUUGUUGACAAUGGCGAAGAAGAGGAAGACGCCCGAGAGGAAGAAGGGCGAAAGACAAGCACGGAUUAUUGAUAACAUACCCAAGUAUUCUCAACAGCGCAGAAGCUCACCGCCAAAACGCCGCACUGAUUUCUCCUCCCUUUUCUGCUUUUCCUCUUCUAUUGCCCAUCGAGGCACAGCUGUCUUGCCAAGAAGAUUGUCCUUGAAUGAAGUUCGAUCGUCAGAAUUGAUCGUGAAUCACUUAGAUAAUACAAAUGAAGAACUCUCUUCGAGCUCUUUGGUAAAAUACAGCAACUCCUCCGUGGAAGAACUAAGCCAAUGCUCAAGUCCUGAUGAAAUUCAUGCUGUAGAAAUUGAAUCAGUUGAAUGCCCUCUCAGUGAUAGCUCAUGCAAGGCUGUAAGGAAGAAAAAAGGUACUUCUGAGAUAUCAUACCCUGUUCCUAAGAAAUUACUAGAUUCAGAAAGCAACAGUCUUUCUGCAACUCCAGAGAAUGAACAGUUGUGGUCUAAUGAAUGUUUCGAGGAGAGAAGUUCAAACACAACAGUAGAGUGUCAAGAUCAAUCAUUCGACAAAGGGUCUUCAUCAAACUCAAGCCAGAUUGAGGAUAAUGACCUUGACGUUGCCAGAGGAAGGGGAAAAAGGGAAAGAAAGCCAAAAGUUCCAUUCGAUGAAGAGAUGACCAUUUCUCUUAAAUCAACAAGAAAAAUUCGCCGAAUGAGGAUAAUGCGGUACCUCGGGCUUGCAGCUCCAGUUGGUUCUCCUUUUUCACCAAUUACCUGAGCCAUCACCAACUUCCUAGUAAAGUCCUCAUUCUACAAUCUACAUAUUCAGUUAACCUUUCAACUCAUCUUGCAUUAGAGAAAAAAGUUGCUAAUUUUGUUCUCAUAUUUAUCCCAACACUUGUAUGGUUAAUCAUUUGUAAAUAGGCUGAGAUUUUGGUAACAUUAAUUAGAAUUCUCUUUUUUUACUAUCCAUAUUUAUUAACCUAAGAGAAGUUUGUCCUGUCCAACCUUAAUUUUGUCCAAAUUCUAAGUGGUACCUUCCUUGAAAUUUAAUCUAAAUGUGUGUGAGCCGGCAAGAUUGGAAGUCUGGAUUUAUAGCUUGAAA